GUUUCCCCCUGACCUCCUUAGUAACAUUCAGCUGCUGGAGUUUACCCGACUCUCUCAGGACGCCUCUUAAAGUCUCAUCAUGGGAAAACAGAAGGUCUUCCUGGACAAGCUUUUACACACCUGCCACAUCCGCAACUUGCUGAUACGUCAGGCUCUGGCUGAAUGUCUGGGAACACUGAUCCUGGUGAUGUUUGGUUGUGGCUCAGUGGCCCAGCUGGUGCUCAGCAAUGGAUCCCAUGGGCUGUUCCUUACCGUCAACUUCGCCUUCGGCUUUGCUGCUACUCUUGGGAUCUUGGUAUGUGGACAGGUUUCAGGAGGACAUUUAAACCCUGCUGUGACAUUUGCCUUAUGCAUACUUGGGAGAGAACCUUGGAGGAAGUUUCCAAUAUAUUUCUUAUUUCAGACUUUAGGUGCCUUCCUGGGUUCAGGAAUAGUUUAUGGAAUGUACCAUGAUGCAUUGUGGGAAUUUAACCCAGGUGCUCUCAGGGUUUUAGGAGACAAUGCCACCGCAGGAAUCUUUGCUACAUACCCCUCCACACACCUGACGAUGAUCAACGGCUUCUUUGACCAGAUGAUUGGAACUGCUGCCCUCAUUGUGUGUAUUCUGGCCAUCGUGGAUCCAUACAACAACCCUAUUCCUCAUGGGCUAGAAGCCUUCACAGUGGGCUUUGUAGUGCUUGUCAUUGGCUUGUCCAUGGGCUUCAACUCUGGGUAUGCCGUCAAUCCUGCCAGAGACCUAGGUCCUCGUCUCUUCACUGCAAUGGCUGGCUGGGGCGCAGAGGUCUUUACGGCUCAGUCUUACUGGUUCCUUGUACCAAUAUUUGCACCUUUCCUGGGGACAGUAUUUGGCGUUCUGGUUUAUCAGUUCAUGGUGGGCUUCCAUGUAGAGGUAGAGGCCCGAGAGAAGGCACAGAACGAAGCAGAGCGUAUGAACCUGACCAACAUAAACUCCAAGGAAAUGGCGUGAGGCGCCCUUGUGCCUUACCUUCUGCCCAUCAUCACAAUAACUCAAAUAACUCUAUCCUGGUAUUAUCCCUUAAUGUGGUACGUUCAUUGAAACUGGUUAGGGAAAAAAAACUUCAUUGAACUUUAAUGUCUCCCAAAGAAAUAGAAACAUUUGUGUGAAAAUGCACUUGCCUAUCUAGCACAGUUUGCUUGCUGUGCUUCAUUCAAAUUGCCGUGUUACUUUAAUAGUAAACUAACCACCACUCAUUAACUGAAGACCUGAAGGGCUACUAUGCUAAUAAAGUACUGGUGAUUUUUUUUUUUUCUAAGACCAUUUUGUACACAUCUAAAGGGGAGAUUUUAAGCAUGUCCAUGUGUACUCUGGCUUGCUUUAUUGUUGCCUUUAUCCUAACUGCAGUUUGCUGUAGCCUGAUUUCAGUAGGGGAUCUGAUCUCUAAAGCUUUUGCUAUAUGCAGUUAUGAAUUAUGAACAGAUGGAUGUCUAUAAAUUUUACAAUCCAUGCAUUUUUACUGCUUGUCAUUUCUUAUUCUUUUUUAUUUUAGGUUUUUAUAUCUUUCAUAUUAAAGUGCCUACAUUUAAAAUGAGUUACUAAUGAAAUUGUAUGCCAAUUUUAUUUCAA